UCCGAAAGUCGGCGCAGGCGCUUCUUCAUAUUCAACUCCAGCACGACGAAUUGCCUAAUCCGCGGCAGUGCUCUGUGCGAUUUCGUGAAGCUAUCAUGUCAAAUUGCAAACGUGCGCCAAAGGGCGACUACUCGAAACAGCAUAACAAUUAUAGUUUGCAACUGAAUCGAUGGUAUCUCACGCCGAUCGGAGCGUGGCCGCAAAUGAACGACUCGAACAAAACGUUCAAGAUACUCGUGCCAUUAUACAUUUUUGUUUGUCAUUUCACGGUAACAUUGAUGACGAUACCAUGCAUACUAUUCGUGUGUUUCGAAAAAACCAAUAUCAAAAUGAAACUGGGCGCGCUUGGUCCACUGCUUAACAGACUUAUGGGUUGGAUACAUUAUUGGAUGCUUCUGAAACACAGUGGGGACAUUCGUAAAUUAGUACAACACAUGGAAGUAGAUUGGAAAAUCGUAAAUAGAAUCCAAGAUCGUGAAGUAAUGUUGCAAUACGCCAAGUUCGGUCGUUUCGUUGCCGGGAUCUGCGGUAUGAUUUUGUAUUGCGGUACAUUUCUGUUUAGCAUAGCCAGGAACAUAAGAACUGUACCUACCAUUGUCGGCAACGAGACCUUUAGGACAUAUCCGAUGACGUGUCCAAUUUAUAGCAAGAUCAUCGACGCGAGAUUUAGCCCAGUGAACGAAAUCGCGUUGGUUCUGCAGUUCGCGAUCAUAUUUAUAGUGAAUUGCUCUACCGUCGGUGCCUGUAGUCUGGCUGCCGUCUUCGCAAUGCACGCCCGUGGCCAAUUGAAUGUGCUAUAUACAUGGCUACAUGAACUCGCAGAAAAUCAAGAAGAAAAUCAUAUAGCUGAUCGAAAAAUGGCCGUUAUUGUGGAACACCAUAUCAGAGUACUGAGUUUCAUAGAACGCGUGGAAAAUGUCAUGAAUAAGAUAUCUUUUGUCGAAUUGACGGGAAGUACGAUAAUUAUGUGCUUGGUUGGAUAUUACUCAGUCAUGGAGUGGCAAAAUUUCGAUGCAAUGAAAAUAACGUCUUAUAUUAAUGUAUACUUGUCGAUGGCUUUCAAUAUUUUUAUAUUUUGCUAUAUCGGAGAGAUUAUCACCGAAGAGUGUAAAUACGUCGGGGAAAUGGCGUAUAUGAUCAAUUGGUAUAAUUUAAAUCACAAAACUGCAAUUGGUCUCGUUUUAAUAAUUGCACGAUCAAGUAACGUGAUUAAAAUUACCGCAGGAAAAUUAUUACAUUUAUCUAUCGCAACGUUUGGUGAUGUAAGUAAGGCAGAUAUAGCGUUAUAUUUUGUUACUAAAAGUUUUGAUAUUUUUUCUAUACUUUUUAAUUGCAAAUUAUGAUCGUCUUAUAGGAGAAUUGAAUUGUUCAAUUACAUUAUCCAUUAUAUUUAAAACAUUCUUACAUACAAUUAUAUGCGUGUGUGUGAUUUAAGAUUCCAAAUUUUAAUAUAUCAAAUUGGCAUCUAUAACUCUUAGAAUAUAGCAUACAUUAUAUAUUUUAACAUAUGUUUGCAUUGUGUAGGAACAAAUAUGGUUGUUGUUUCAGGUAAUUAAAACUUCCAUGGCAUAUUUAAAUCUCUUGCGACAAUUGA